AUGGCGUGGGCCGCGGCAGCUGGGGACACCGGGGAGCUGCGGGGGCACAGCCUGCCAGCCGCCAGCGCCCAAGAAGAGCCCCCCCAGCCCCAGGGUGGACACCCAAACUCAGGGGACACCAACUCCUGCUCCAAUGAGAUCCUGGGCCUGAAGCUGCCAUCGGAACCGGUGCUGAAUGCCAACACGGUGUGCCUGACCCUGCCGGGCCUGACACGGCGGCAGCUGGAGGUGUGCGUGCGCCACCCCGACGUCACUGCCUCGGCCAUACAGGGCAUCCAGAUCGCCAUCCACGAGUGCCAGCACCAGUUCCGGGACCAGCGCUGGAACUGCUCCAGCCUUGAGACUAAGAACAAGAUCCCCUACGAGAGCAUCAUCUUCAGCAGAGGCUUUCGGGAGAGCGCCUUUGCCUACGCCAUCGCGGCCGCCGGUGUGGUGCACGCCGUCUCCAAUGCCUGCGCCCUUGGCAAGCUGCAAGCCUGUGGCUGUGACCAGAAGCGCCGGGGUGAUGAGGAGGCUUUUCGGCGCAAGCUGCAUCGUCUCCAGCUGGAGGCCAUGAACCGUGGCAAAGGCAUGGUGCACGGGGUGCACAUGGAGCACAUGCCGGCUGAGACCCCCGGCCUCCAGGACUCCUGGGAAUGGGGAGGGUGCAGCCCUGAUGUGGACUAUGGGGAGAAGUUUUCCAAGGAUUUCCUUGAUUCCCGGGAAACCUACAGGGACAUCCAUUCCCGCAUGAGGCUGCACAACAACCGUGUGGGCCGGCAGGUAGUGAUGGACAACAUGAGGAGGAAGUGCAAAUGCCACGGCACCUCGGGGAGCUGCCAGCUGAAGACGUGCUGGCAGGUGACGCCCGAGUUUCGCCUGGUGGGGUCCCUGCUCAAAGACCGCUUCUACGGGGCCACCCUCAUCCGGCCCCACAACCGCAACGCCGGGCAGCUGGAGCCGGGCCACGCUCGGCAUCGCCGCCGGGCCGGCAUCAGCGAGCUGGUUUACUUUGAGAAGUCACCCGAUUUCUGCGAGCGGGAACCGGCCCUGGACUCCUUGGGCACCCAAGGGCGCCUGUGCAACAAGACCAGCCCGGGCAUGGACAACUGCGAGAGCCUGUGUUGCGGCCGCGGGCACAACAUCCUGCGGCAGACGCGCAGCGAGCGCUGCAACUGCAAGUUCCACUGGUGCUGCUUCGUGGCCUGCGAGGAGUGUCGCAUCACCGAGUGGGUCAGCGUCUGCAAGUAG